AAACACAGACUCAACCAAAACUGAAGAAAUACAGAAGAGUCUAGAGAGAGAGAGAGAGAGAGAAGGAAACAGUCUUUCUCUUUCUUUUAAUCAAUUUCCUUUACAACCCUCUCUGUCUUCAACUGAUGAUCACUCACACUUUUUUUUCUUGAAUUGUAAACAUUUUUGUUUAUUUAUUCAAUUAUAUUUGUUCGUUCUUGUUGAGAGAGAGAGAUGGAUUUGUCGCAAAUCAAGAACGAUGGUACAAUGGAAGGUUGGUUGUACCUAAUUCGUUCGAAUCGGAUUGGAUUACAGUAUUCAAGAAAACGGUAUUUCGUUCUUGAUGAUCAUCAUCUCAAGAGCUUCAAGUCUGUACCGGAUUCUGAGAACCAGGAACCUGUUAAAAGUGCAAUUAUAGAUUCCUGCAUUCGCGUUACAGACAAUGGGAGAGAAAACAUCCACAGAAAAGUAUUCUUCAUAUUUACGCUUUAUAAUACUUCUAAUCAUCAUGAUCAACUUAAGCUAGGAGCAAGCAGUCCUGAAGAAGCAGCUAAAUGGAUUCAUUCAUUUCAGGAAGCCGCUUUAAAGGUUGCUCCAUAUCAAGGAGAUAAUCUUGUUGGAUACUCAAAUAGACCUUGGGAGUCUUUCAGAUUGAGCGGUUCCAGUAGGGCAAAUCGCAUUAGAUCUGUAGACUGGACUCUAUGUUCAACAACACAAAUGGAUCAAGUGACACCUGAUGUUAUCGCACCUUCACCUUGGACAAUCUUUGGUUGUCAGAAUGGUUUGCGGCUGUUUAAAGAAGCAAAAGAUAGGAAUUCUCAUGGGAAGUGGGAUGAUCAUCCUGCAAUAAUGGCUGUUGGGGUGGUGGAUGGAGCUUCAGAAGCCAUUUUCCAAACACUCAUUUCUCUUGGUCCCUCAAGAUCAGAAUGGGACUUCUGUUUCUACAAGGGUAGUGUCGUUGAACACCUUGAUGGUCAUACUGAUAUUAUACACAAGCAGUUAUAUGGUGAUUGGUUACCAUGGGGAAUGAAAAGAAGAGAUCUCUUGUUGCGGCGUUAUUGGAGAAGGGAAGAUGAUGGGACAUAUGUUAUACUCUACCAUUCCGUGUUUCAUAAGAAGUGUCCACCCCAGAAAGGCUAUGUUCGUGCCUGCCUUAAAAGUGGGGGUUAUGUUGUAUCUCCUGUGGACCAAGGGAAAAAAUCAGUUGUAAAGCACAUGCUUGCUAUUGAUUGGAAAUUCUGGAGAUCUUAUCUACAGCCAUCUUCAGCACGAUCUAUUACCAUCAGCAUGCUCGGAAGACUUGCUGCAUUACGAGAACUUUUUAGAGCAAAGCAAGGAAAUUAUUCUUCUGAUUUUUCAUCGGGAGAGUUAGCUAGAAAUGUUAGGUUGCUUCAUAUGGAAGAGGAUAGCACAGUUGGUGUUCGAACACUGACAGAAGAUGGGCAACCCAAGGAAAACAUAAGUGAAGAGAUGGAUGAACAUGCAAGCCUGGUUGGCUUAAAUGAUGCUGCUGAUGAGUUCUUUGAUGUUCCAGAACCAUCCGACUAUGACGAUAUAGAAAAUGGCUGGACUUCUGAUUUUGGUCCAGAAAUUUACUCUCAGGAUACACGUCAACCAAGAUUAUCAACAGCUGCAGGUUUUGUGAAAAAAUUGCAUGAUCUUGCAGUUCAGACGAGGGGCUAUAUGGACUUACAAGGGAUGUCAAGGGAAGACAGUAUGUCAUGCUGUUAUGGAACUACUCUUCAAAAGGAUCCAACUUGUACUAUGCCUUGCAGUUGGACAUCAACAGAUCCCUCUGCAUUUUUAAUUCGUGGAAAGAAUUACCUGCAAGACCGUCAAAAGGUGAAGGCGAAGGGCACCUUAAUGCAAAUGGUUGCUGCCGAUUGGCUGAAAUCGGACAAGCGUGAAGAUGAUCUUGGAGGCCGUCCAGGGGGAAUUGUUCAGAAAUAUGCGGAGCAGGGUGGUCCAGAGUUCUUUUUUAUUAUAAACAUACAGGUUCCUGGCUCAACCUCGUAUAGCCUGGCACUUUAUUAUAUGAUGAUUACUCCUGUCAAGGAUUCACCCUUGCUAGAAAGCUUUAUCAAGGGGGAUGAUACAUAUAGAAAUUCGAGGUUUAAGCUCAUACCAUACAUAUCUAAGGGUUCAUGGAUAGUUAAACAGAGUGUGGGAAAGAAAGCUUGCCUCAUUGGUCAAGCACUGGAAAUUAACUAUUUCCAUGGGAGGAACUACUUGGAGCUUGGGAUUGAUAUUGGAUCGUCCACAGUUGCAAGGGGUGUGGUUAGUCUUGUUCUUGGUUACCUCAACAAUCUUGUUAUUGAAAUGGCAUUUUUGAUACAGGGUAAUACCGAAGAGGAGCUCCCAGAAUUUCUUCUGGGGACAUGCCGCCUGAACCAUCUGGAUGCGACGAAAUCAGUUCUUGUAAAACCAUGAACGCCUCCCUUAUCUCAUAUCUUACUCUCUUUGAAAUGAGGAUGUGUGUAUCUGCCAUCAAAGUUACAGAAACUAUUCUUUGAUUCAAUGAAAAUUGAACCGGCAGCAUCUUCCGAUGCCAAUCUUUGUACAGAUAAUUUCUUAAAUAGUGCUGAAAAUGUUCCUAUUAGAUUACAAUCCAUUUAUCUAAUGAAAAUACUCAA